UAUAUAUAUAUAUAUUCUUAUGUCUAUGAAGUCGGAGUAGUAGUACUAGUGCCAUAUUAGUCUGGGCUGUUCUUGCCCUAGUUUGCUUUUUGGUUUUAAACGUCCCAUUUUAAAGUUUGUUUGGUUUAAAUUAAGUCUCGGGUUUUGGCUCUACCGUCGUCGUAUCGUAUCUCAACGAAAUGAAUUUAUUUUGACCCAGCGCCCACAUUAUUUUAUUUAUUUAUUUUUUGUAUAAUCUUGACAGUGUUUGAAUUAGUGAACUUGUACAUAUCUGAAUUUUUAUAAUGUAUAAACAAAAUGAGAGGACCAACCAGAGUUACUCACCGACCUAUAAAUUGGUGGUAGUCGGAGGUGGAGGUGUAGGCAAAUCAGCCAUCACCAUACAAUUUAUUCAGAGUUAUUUUGUUACGGACUACGAUCCUACAAUAGAAGACUCUUACACCAAGCAAUGUGUUAUAGACGAUGUACCUGCAAAACUGGACAUUUUAGAUACAGCGGGACAAGAAGAGUUCAGUGCUAUGAGGGAACAGUACAUGCGAUCAGGAGAAGGUUUCUUGCUCGUGUUUGCAAUUACUGACCGAGCUAGUUUUGAUGAGAUGUAUAAAUUCCAUCGUCAAAUAUUGAGAGUAAAGGACAGAGACGAAUUUCCGAUGCUCAUGGUUGGGAACAAGGCUGAUCUAGAAAAUCAGAGAAUGAUAACAACAACCGAAGCGCAAAAUGUAUCAAGAGAGUUGAGGAUACCGUACAUCGAAUGUAGUGCCAAGCACCGAAUAAAUGUUGAUCAGGCUUUCCACGAACUUGUCAGAAUAGUGAGGAAGUUCCAGGCUUCGGAGAGACCUUUAACGAAGCCAAACCACAAUAAUCAAAAGAAAAAGUGUACCAUACUCUAAGUAUGGAGAUAAAGUUUUAACGAAAACACCAAGUAAAGAAGAUAUAAAAAAAUAUAUAUAUACAUAUAUUUAAAACAAAAUUACUUCAUAUACUAAUACGCUUCAUUAAACACCAUUAAGUGUUAACAAAAUAUUUUCUUAUUUUGUUAGUUUAUAAUUGUAUAACAAAACUGAAAUCAUAUUAUUUUAGUUACAAAGACUAAUUACUACUAAUAAUGAAUUUACAAUCAGCAUUUUUUUUUUUAAUGGAAUAUCAAAAAUUAUUUCCAAUUGGUGCUUUAAAUUUCAAUUUUAAGAAUCGGUUCUGUUAAAAGGAAUGUUUUAGAAAUUAGAAAUCGGUAGGAAAAAAGUUUUAUAUUUUUAUUAUAAUGUAUCCUAUCACAAUUAUAUUCUUAUUUAUAAAUUUAUCAAUACACUGCUAAUUAAUGUAAACAUUACAAGAAUUGAGUAAUACCAGUUUUAAUUGAGUAAAACAUACUAAUAAUUUACAGGCAACAAAAAAAAAAAAAAAAAAAAAAAAAGAGAGAGAGAAAGAAAUAGUCAUCUAGUUAAAGUUUUUUCAAAAACUUCGUUUUUGCUUUAUAACAAAGACAUUUUUCUUUGAUAUCAAUACAGAAAUCAAUGCUUGGCUCCUGACUAUUUUUCUUUUAAGCAAAUGCCAACAAUUGAAGCUAGUUAUUAUUUGAAUGAAAAUUGUAAAAAAUAGCAAUACAAUUUCAAAGACAUCCUGAUCUGGUAUAAAUAUCAGGUUUUUUGUUUGCAACUAACGACCAAGUCAUUUUUAUAAUUUGAACAAUGACUGCUGAAUCACUGGUAAAUUUUGAAGGGGGGGGAAGUAAAAUUUUGAUUUUCUGCCCGUUACAAAUACUAUGUUAAGAAUAAAAAGAAAUAGGAUAAACAAAAUAUUUCGGUUUUGAUGAUUUAUUGAAAGUAGUGACUUUAAGUGUGCCUUGCUUGUUUCAUUAAAAAAAAGUCAAUGAUAUUCAGUUUAUAAUCAUAUUUCAAAUUGCAUGAAUUUACACAAUUUAGAUCAGAUGUUAAUUUUAUUUAGUCCUUGUUGAACACAAAUAUAAGUUAGAAUAUAGAAAUAAGUGCGAAGUAUCAAGUCAACAGUUUUAGGUCGGGAUUAGAAAAACCAUUGGGACCAGAGAGAACAUAUAUCCGCAUCCCUCGUGGCGGGAUUGUUUUUUUGUUUACAUUUUGUGUUAUUUCAAUCUUGUAUUUGUUUAUUCUUCUGAGUAUGUAUGUGUUAAGGUUAAAAAAAAUUAACGUGUUCAUUACAAAUAUAAGUUUGUUACCAAGUUUUA